AUGAGGGGAAGCGGCUUGGGAAAUGAAGGUGUCUCCCGAGAAGAUCCGGCCGCUGGAUUUUCUAUGGAGCCUGCUCUGAGGCUCCCUCUGACCGCCGAGUGCAAGCAUUACACCGGCAAACAUGAAGUUCCCUGGGACAAUCAAAAGUACUUUGCGCAGAGGUUUUCCAUCUUCUCGCUCUACGACCAGGGCGUCCAUCUGACCGACGACGCUUGGUUCGGCGUCACCCCUGAGCCAGUCGCACGCGAGGUUGCCCGCGAUCUUGGUGGCACCAAUGAAAAGAAGAAGAUUCUCAUCGACGCCUUUGCGGGCGCUGGAGGAAACACCAUCGCCUUCGCCCUGAGCGAGCGCUGGGAGCACAUCGUUGCCGUCGAGCGAGACGCCUCGACGCUUGCGUGUGCACAGCAUAAUGCCGAGGUAUACGGCGUCGACCCGUCUCUCGUCACCUGGGUUCUCGGCGACAGUUUCGAGUACGUGGACGCCUUAGUUCAUCGCCGGGAUCAGCUGCACCCCGACCUGCGAGUCAACGUCAAGACAUCCGUCUUGUUUGCCAGCCCACCCUGGGGUGGCCCUGGAUACACAUGUGACAAAAUUUUCGACCUGAGCACCAUGCAGCCGUAUAAUCUCGAGCAACUCCACGGCGCGUACCAGGCAAUGGACCACGGGCUUUUCCUGCCGCGGACCAGCGACAUCCGACAGAUUGCGAAACUGGCCCCCAGCGACCGCAAGAUUUCCGUCGUACAAUACUGCAUGCAGGGAGCCAGCAAAGCCAUGGUCGCAUACAUACCUGCCAAAACAGCCGACUCUCCCGACGAGAGCCCAACAUUGGUCGGUAACUACUCUAGCGGUCAAGUCCGCGAGUCAAGUCGCCCCGGACACGACUGA